AUGGCAGCAAAUUUGACUGAAACAACCAAUUCUACGGAAACACUUCCAAACGUCAUGGCAACGAAUUCGACGGAACUGUUGCUCAAUAUCAUUGCAACGAAUUCAACAACGGACACAGCUCUGGGUAUUUUUGCAACGACUUCACCUGAAACAUUUCUCAAUAUCACUAUAGGAAGUUUGACAAACGCACUCCCCUGUAACAUACCAUAUAAUUCAUCUGACGCAUAUAUGGAUGCAAAUGCAACAUAUUUAACUGAAGUAGUUACUGACAUGAUUGAAGUGAACUCAUAUGAAACAGUUCUGGAUAUUUUAUCGGCGCUUCAAUGCAUCGCUGCUGCUUUAUGUGGGACAGCGGGCAAUGCUAUGGUGUGUGAUGUUGUGUAUUCUAACAAGAAACUAAGAACCCCGCAGAACCUUCAGCUAGUGUUGUUGGCUAUAACCGAUUUGACAGUUUGCGUCUUUAAUUCAUCGAUGCGGUUUGGUUUAGUGGUGAAAAGUUUUCUGUACGGUGAAAUAAACAUAAAAGGUCUUCUUUGUAAUUUUCAGAUUGCUGUUUAUUACACCACAGUUGUCACAACUAUAGUUUCUCUAGGAUCUAUCAGUGUAACGAGAGCUAUAUGUACUGCGAAUAAGUAUUCACGGAGCACCAUAAGAAAGGUGAUAUUUAGUUUGAUGGCUCUCAGUCACGUUAUAGGAAUGGGAUAUGGUGCGUGGAAGACAUGGGCUGGGGAAGAUGUCACCUGCAACUCAGAACCGGUGAGUCAAGAAGUGAAAAACGCUACAACGAGUGGUAUAAUCAUGGUAUUCUUAUCACUGUGUACAAUGGUGUUGUCAUAUUCCUACAUCUACCAGGUGACCAAUAAACAUGAGAAAUCCUUUCAACGAUAUCUGAACGAUGGCCAUCAGCAAACAAAUCGUAAACCUGUGAACAUUGCAACACUGAAUAUAGCCAUUUUACUCAUCACUAUGUUUGUAAUAUCGUACUUACCACUGCCAAUAUAUGGUCUUAUAAUACUCAAUGUGGAUGAAUUUAGAAAUGAACAUAUAUGUAGCUUCUUCGUAGCGUUCACAUGUUUUGGCAGCAUGGCCAAUAUUAUUGUAUACUCUUUAACCUCCAGUCCGUUUAACAAAUUUUUACCUUUUAACAAAAAAAAACACAACAACCAAUGA